UAUAUGUAUAAUUUUACUACAAGUGAGUGGCGAACUUCAAUAAUAGAUGCAGCGAAAAAGUUGGAACAAUUUGGAGUUUCAUGUCCCCAUCCCAGCAACAUAUAUGGUCGUAAUAGAUGCAAAUAUGUUGUUUGUGACUAUUUUUCAAUCCUAUGUCAUUCCACAGAGCUUUCAGGAAGAAACGUACGGGCCUUCCCUGAGUAACUUAUCCUUGUGGGGAGCGCCAGAUAGGUCAGCCCACUGCUGAAGAAGAA